AUGACUGACCAGUAUCCUAGGUUGGACGGCAGAUCUUUGGAGGAUAGUCACACGAAUAUUUUUGCACUUACGGAUCUUAGUGGGAUACACUAUCGUGUUUAUAGGCCAAAAGACGAUAGAAAUUAUUCGGUAUAUGAUGAUCCUUUACUUUCGGCGUACAAUAACUGUUUGCGGGAAAAUUUGAUGUGCGCUUGGGUCCGACGAAAACGUGCUAGUACAGAACCACACAAACCGGACAUUUUCUCAAACUUUUCGAAGGAACUCUGGGUCUUUUGGUACGGAAGUGAUGACCCAUGUACAAGAUCGAGAGAUCGUCUUAUUUCUUCCGAUUUGGAGGAAAGUUCAUCGGGAAAUUGGGGUAAUGGGCUCACCUAUGAAACGCGCUGUGUUCUGUUCAAGGCAUUGCACAAUGUGAUAGAAAGGUACCUUUUGAAAAAAGGGUAUGUUCGUUUGGGGAAAUGGUUUCUUCAGCCUUGUAACAGCCAGUCGAUUCGUGAUAAAACCCAAUAUAGCAUCAACUUUUCAUUUUUUCUACACGGUGAAAGCACUGUUUGUGCCAGUUUGGAUAUUCGACGCUUUCCCAAAUUUAAAUCUCUCACGUCUCGAAUAUUGUCAUUUUGUGAGAAAUCUGGAGGUCGAUUUAAUGUUGUGUUGGCCCCUUACGGAAUCACUGCUCAUCUCGUUGUCCCGUCUCACGCUUACACGAACGACGGAUUCGUUGAUAAGGAAUUGGAAUCUUGGAAACGCUUUUUUCCGAUGCGGUCUCCCGGGGAGAACUAUAGCCAUCCGAACUCUAGUGCUCAUCGCAACUCCUUUUACCUGGACUUCUUAACACCGAACAAAUCGUCUCCCGCUCAACAACAGCCGCAGGGUUCCAGAUCGGAUGUUUUUUCGAAAAGAUCCUCAGCUGGUUCUACUGAACAGCUUCCAGAGUUUGUUAAUGUUCUCAUUGCUGAGGAUAAGCUCACGUCCCUGACGGAGCAUUUGCAGGAUGGUUCAGACAGGCGGUUGACACUGCCGCUCAAAUCCAGACAGUUUACCUCUGAAUCGUACGGUUUUCCGCAUCCUCGACUUCCGCUAAGGCAACUGCCCAGCACCAAACGACGACUCUACUUGGCCACUAGAGCACUUCAACGAGCAUUGCGAUUCGAAAGAUCUCUUUUACCUGAACUAGACUGUCUUCACAUAAGGUCUCGGCUUCUUACUCAGGCCACGGUUGAUGACACCGUCUUUAAAACUAACCCAGAGGCUAAGAGUCCGCAAAUCCUCCUACCACUGCAUCGGCGUUCUGGCUCCGUAUCACGAAUGCUUUGCCCCUUUAUUUCUGAAAUCGAUACGUCUUUGGGGAACGGCGGUGGUAGCAGUAGUGAUGCGCCUCUUUCAGGACUAAGACGUCAACCUUCCUCAACCGAUCCCCUGAUGCCAAAAUUGAGUCCACAGCCCUAUAACGCAGUCACAUUUGGUGUUGGAGGUGUAUCAACUGCAGUCAGUGACAGUCAUUCCGCCUCAGUUGGUGCUGCUGUGGCCGUUUCGAGUCUUCAGGCAGCUCAUCAUGUGGGUGCGGUGAAACCAACAUACUUAUUUAACUCCCAGCUGAUGAACCCAAAGGAGAGUGGCUCUACUCAUUCAAAGCCUAAACCUAUGGAUUGGGAUGAGACACACGUUUCCCCUAUUACUUCUAAGCUUCCCCGGUGCGUGGUGCGAAUCCCUCAGGCUCCUACGCAACAGGCGAAACCUCUCCUGCCUUUGACUGUGAAGUCCGAAGCAAGAGGCAGUGAGACGUCGUGGCUCGCCAGACAGGUGGUUUACCAAUGUCGUCGACCUCCCAUAAUCCACUUGAGUUACCUAGACCAAGUAAAUUUUCUUGAACACUCCUCCACCUCUUUUGGCGAUGAAUUUAUACGUCAGCCAAGGCAUCACUGUCACUCGCAAAUGCCAAGUGGUCAUCAGUAUGGGGGCACCAUUGGUGUCAUUAUGGACGCGUACGGUCUCAAUAACGACUCCCAAGUUUUCCAACAACAGCGGCACCAUUUUUAUCGAGCCUUUCACCCCUGCUACAAACAGGACCAGCCUUACUCAACCAAAGAUUUAGAUAUCUACACUCAUGACUCUCAUGUUCUUGAGAGCUUUCAUCACACACUGGAAGAGGAACUCUACGGACCAAAUUUCAAACCAGAGGGUCCCUUGAAGGGUUCUUGUCCGAUGCGUAACCAAAUGCGCCAUACUAGCGGUCGGAAUCUCCUGAACUCGAGCGGCUUGGGUAAUCUAGGUCCUGCGGAGUUGGCUGUCAUGUACCCCACGCCGUCCUCUCUCGAAACAACCCUCUCGGUGGGCAGUGGUGGUCCCUGUCAGCCCAGCCCAACUGAGGUCAAGCCACUGCUGUUGCAUCCCGGUGAGACGCACUUCUCGUAUCAAGAAGAGGCACAUCUGUGCCAAAACCAAAGUCUCACCAAUGCCAUCGUCCAGUCCAUCUUGCAUAAUGCGCGGCCUCUCUUCGACCAGGAAAUUGUUUGUUUCCAUCGGGAAUGGCAGUUCAUGUGUCCACCUUCGGUGCAAAUCCCAUUUUCGGCUAAGUUCAAACUCACACCGGAGGAGUUGCACCAAUAUAGGGAGGUGGACAUGACUUUGCGGCCCACUCUGGGCUUUGAGCCUGCUUCUGGACCGACGAAUGGGCAGUACGAUGGCCUUUUUCUGCACCUACCUCGCCGCCUACUCCAUCCCCUCUCAUCCUCCCAUCCUCCACAGCGCCCUAAUUCUCACUCUUCUCGAGGUCACAGUCAGGCCGAUUAUGUUGCACUCGCUACCGAGCCCGAUUCCAACAAUUUUGAUCUCGAUGAAUUACGUGGCAGUGAUGCUCUCAAAGUCAACAUCAUCCUCUCCGAUUCUCUCCUCAACCUUUUCAAAGACCACAACUUCGACUCCUGCAACAUCUGUGAGUGUGCCACCUCUAUACUGGGCAUGGAAAUCGACGUCUACGUGUCUACGCCCAGCCCUGCUCCCACACGCUCAUGCAAUUGCGGUUUUUCUGCCUUGGUUAAUCGGAAAUUCGCUCUGGCGGGAAAUCUAUUUUGGGAGGAUGAGGUAGAAGUGGCAAGUCUGUCAAUCGCCAGUGUAGACGUCGCGAAACUUCGUCCUCGAAAACCCCCGCCUUCACGUGCCACGGCCACCACGUAUAUACCCGUUCUCACCCAAUGGAUGCGCGGUUCGUUUGAAGAGUUUGGCGUUCGUUUCCUUGUCGAGUGGCUCCAAAACGUUGACAAUGCGACGACGUCCACUGAGGUGCGUCAGGGAACUGUCGAGAAGGGUGCUCUCUAUGACUAUAAUGAUUUAUGUGCUCUAACUGCAUCUGCAUUGGAGCAGAGUGCCUGUGAUCUCUCUUCACUGACCGAGAAGAUGGUGGGGGAUUACAGCCUGAGAGGGAAUGUGGCGGCUAGACAUCUUCGGCUAGAUGAAGCAACUCGUAAGGAGGGUGUCGGUUUCCACCCUGCCGUGUUCCGCCAGUUUCCAUCCGAUUUGCCCUCCAAUAAGAAUGAUCAAAUUCGUUUACUCGGGGUAUGUACCAGUUCGCAAGUACUAUAUGCUGAGUUUGCUUUUCAGAGCGUUCGACUGUGGUUGCAAGAGGCAAUCGAUCAGUUGGAGUCCACCUACAAAGUUGAGGGACCGCUCACCUGGAAAGCUUUCCACCAACUUGCUGGACGUGGGCACAGCGAAUCCUCUAAGGCUCAGCCGAUUCCGCAAUUUCGAGUUGGUGGUGGCUUGAAAAAUGGGAAUACCAAUGUUCUAAUUUCUCCCUUUAGCGUUCGUGACUGGGACCAUCUUUCACUGGCGCCUCUAUCGCGAUCCAAGCGUGUGGCCUUCGCUGUGGUCUUGCCCUCAUGGCAGAGUCAUGGGGUUAGCUCUGUUGGACUUGAAGACGAAAACGAUCUCUCGUCCGGAUUUUCUCCCAUCAAUGCGCGUCAAUCACGUCGUCGCCAGCAGUCGGGCGGUGGCGGGGCUCAUCCGACGGACGCGCUUCUCUUCAGUCUGCAUCGCUAUAAGUCGGGGGCCCUCCAUGCUGUGCGGAAAGCGCUCUCAGAGCGCGGCGUUGCCCUCCCUGACGGCUCUUGCUCGUCGCUUUUGGCACCCUUCGCGGGUAUCCAGGACAUGCCCCCCUCUACACCCCCCGUCAUCCUCUCUAAAAUCAGCCCUCUCAAUGGACAAGGUCCUCUCACAACGGCUUUUGAUCCCAAUGCCGACUCCCAAUACGAUGUCACUCUGGUAAUCUAUCUCGUCGAUCCUUUCACUCAGCUUUUUGACAUGGGCGAUGAGUCACGAAACGUAACGACCCGAUGCCUGGCAGAGACAGCGGGCCGGAUGACCGCCCAACUGCCGAUGUCUUGGCGUCAGCGUGUGUCUGUGCAGCUGUUACCUAUGUCACACGUCGUCUCGCCUCGCUGUGGUGUCAUUGGUCGUGAGGACGCGGGAGAUGCUGGCUUGUUGUCUCACAUCAAAUCCAUGGCCUUUGCCAUUUACACCUCCAUCGAUCGUGUCGUUUCGCCCUCUUUGAUCAACGCCAACCGAACCCUCACAGGAAUGGGUCCUGCUGCUGACAAGGAGGUCAUCUCUGCUAACUUUCAGAAGGAUCACAUUCACCGCGUAUACGCUCCGGCUUACACCCUGGCGCAGGCACACGAUCUUUGGGGCCAGUGGGACGUGCAUCCUGCUGAGCCCUUGCAACCCUCCUCUGUGCUUUUCGUCUCAUACUGUCUCUCAGAAGAUCUUCAGUGGCUUCUAGCCACUUGCACGGAUCAGUAUGGCACCCUGGCGCAGCAAACCUUUAUCAACAUCGGGGCUCCUGAAUCCAUGUCCGCACCCUCAGGGCAAUCUGCAGCUGGCGUGGGGGCAGACGGAUCCCAUAUCUCGACACGUCGUCUGGCGUUGGCACGACUCUGGGACUUCAUCAUUUCCGUAAUCACCACCACCUCCAAUCCCUGGCGCUUGGUUGUCGGGCGACUCGGACGUCUGGGACAUGGGGAGCUUAAAGGCUGGUGUGGAUUGUUGAGUCGCAAAAAUCUCCAGAACGUGAAUCGUUCCCUGCGCGCUAACUGUGCCUUAUGCAAUGUGGUAACUUUGACCCCUGCCACCUUGAGCAAUACCGGCCCGAUUUACCGUGGCAAAUCAACUGCCACUACUAGCCUAACCGCGGACUCUCGCGUACCCAGCACGUGUGCUCACGAGACGCCCUCGUUAAUUUCCGCCUGCCUCGUCUCUACUGAGCCCCAGUCCACCUUCCGCCUCUUCCCUGGCUCCGACCUUAAUGCUGGCGAUCUUGGUGGCUUCAGUAGUCACGGCAUUGGUGGUCAUGGCGGCGGCGGGGGUGGUGGUGGUGGUGGCGGAGGGGGCGGUGGUGGUAGCACCUCAGUUUCGGGUGGGGGCGCUGGCGUGGCCGGAGGACCUGCUGGUCAGGCGUUCGUUGGACCCUUUGCUAACGGUGUCAUUUCUGCCGCCGGCUAUGCUCCCAGCACUACUCACAUUCUCGUCUUUCCCACCAGCACCUCUGCUCAGGCUCAGUCCGAACAAGACGAUAUCAAUUUUACCGAAAUAUUCAGCGAGUUUUAUGAAGACUUGGACGAUCAUACAGCGGUAGGCAUGCCCAGUUUGGAUACUUUAACCACACCGACCAGUGCGGGACCGGGGUGCAAUCUGGCCAACGUGGUGGCAGGCGUGGUUGGAGGCGGUGGGCCCUGCACAGGGGUUUCCCAGGAUCCCAACGGAGUAGGUACCGGUCAACUGAUGCCUAUGGCGCGAAGUGGCAUACCUGCGGAACCCAACACGCACGGUAUGACCUACGAAGUUGCCUGUCGUGAACGUGCCAAGUACUUUCUUCUUGAUGCCCUUCUCCCGUUCGGUGUCCCCGAUCCUCAGUCGGAAAAGCCCAGCCUGAUGCAGCAGCCACUGGCUCUGGGUUAUUACGUCUCCACAGCACCAGUAGGCCCUCUUCCUGCAUGGUUUUGGGCGGCCUGUCAGCAAACUCGUCGUAACAAUCCAGUGUGCUUGAAGUCCUCUCUGCAUCUGCACUGCACCCUGGUGGGGGUAGAUGAUGAUGCAGCGGCCAACGGGGGCCAACAGUGCCCCUCCUCCAACUCUGCCACGGCGGGGGGUCAUCUGCUUGACUCAAGUGUCACCUGUGAUGUGCUGCGUUUUGUUCUUGAGUGUUACAACGCCCUCUCCUGGCUCUCCUACGACCCUUGCAUCAACGAUCGGCGAUCAUGCCUGCCCGUUCACAUACUCUCACUGGCUCAGCUCUACCAGGCCGCCAAGGCCUUUGUAUGA